CACACACUGAGGAGGACAGGAGCGAGGGAUUCAGCAAAGGACAAGAUAGCCCUGUCAAUACAGAUCCAUGGAGUGGAGUAGGAGAGCUAUCCCUGUCUCUGGGAUCUUCCUACUCUUUUGGAGGGUCACCAUGCAGAUAGACAACGUGGCAUUGAGAGGAGUGGCUGCUCAGUCUUCCCUUUUUAAUUGGGAAAAUAGUCCAAGUAAAGUCAUCGAUGGAAACCGCAACACUAACUAUAACUAUGGUGGAUCCUGCAGCAGCACUGCGUUUAACACCAACCCCUGGUGGAGAGUGGACCUGCUGGAUGUGUACAGAGUGACAGCUGUCAACAUCACCAACAGAGGAGACUGCUGUCCUGAGAGACUUGAUGGUGCUGAGAUCCGCAUCGGUAACUCACUGGAGAACAACGGCAUCAACAACCCCAGAUGUGUUGUCAUCUCCAACAUCCCAGCAGGAAAGACCUACACCUUCCAGUGUAAUGAGAUGGAGGGUCGCUAUGUUGUUGUGGUGAUCCCUGGACAGAACAAGAUUCUCACUCUGUGUGAGGUGGAAGUAUUUGCCACAGUCAAACCUCCAGCCCCAAAGUCAAAGAGAACGGUGGUGAGGAUGAAGAUCCAAUCAGAUGCUGAUCUGACAGACCAGGCAGUCAGUGACCAGCUACUACAGCAGCUGAAUGUAGAGCUCGUGAAGCAGGGGGUGUCUGACAUUCAACUGCGCUGGAGGACUCAGCCAGAUGGACAGAUUUUCCACCGUGAGGAAGAAGAGAAGGAGGGUGGACCCACACAGACAGGACGAUGCUGCAGCCCGGAAACUAGCAGCGGAUCUCGACUCACUAAUGGCCUUGACCAUUUCAAUGGGCGACUACGGGAACAAUGGAAGGAGAGGAGAUUGGAUUUCACUCACCAGUCCAAGGAUUCCACCUCGCCUCCGAGCCCGUUCUGCCACACCCAUUGGCUGAAGUCAGUGCAGCCUGCCCCAGGACGUCUUCCUGGGGGCUCGGAAGUUGCCCUGGACCUCUUCGCCAUUCAAGCGGUGUACCAGGACCUCCAGAGGUGUUCAAACCACUACCUGCUACCUCUCAUCUUCUUGGCCUAUGAGCCGCUCCAGGGGACCACCGUGUUCUUGAAGCUGGACCUAUGGAAUGCCUACCACCUGGUGCGGAUAUGGGAAGGGGACAAGUGGAAGACUGCAUUCAACACGGUCAGCGGUCACUAUGAGUAUCUGGUCAUGCCAUUUGGCCUUACCAAUGCCCCUGCUAUGUUCCAGGCUCUGGUUAAUGAUGUUGUCUGCAAUAUGUUGAACCGUUUUGUCUUCCUCUACCUCGAUGACAGCCUUGUCUUCUCCCGCUCCACCCAAGAACAUGUGCUCCAUUGGCCCCAGCCUAUGUCCAGAGUACAGCUGCAAUGUUUCCUGGGAUUCGCCAAAUUUUGUCACCGCUUUAUCCAGGGCUACAGCACCCUGGCAUCCCCCUUGUCUGCACUUACCUCUCCCAAGUUCAUGGUGGAGGCUGAUGCUUCUGAUGUCGGAGUGGGGGCUGCCCUGACCCAGCGGUCUGCCCUGGACCUCAAGUUACAUCCCUACGCCUUCUUCUCCCACCGCCUCAACGCCACGGAGAGAAGUUACAAUGGGGGGAAUUGUGAGCUUCUCGUGGUGAAGAUGGCAUUGGAGGAGUGGAGGCACUGGCUGGAGGGGGUGGAACAUCCUUUCAAUGUGUGGACUGACCACAAGAAACUGGAAAAUCUCUGCACCGCCAAGUGCCUCAAUUCCAGGCAAGCUCGGUGUGCCCUGCUGUUCACCCGGUUCAACUUCUCCCUCUCAUACCGGCUAGGAUCCAAGAAUGUCAAGCCGGAUGUGCUGUCAUGCCGCUAUAGCCCCACGGACACUACCCCGGAAUCUGAGACCAUCCUUCUCACCUCGUGCCUGGUGACGGCACUCAGCUGGGGAAUAGGGAAUCAGGUUCGUGAGGCUCAGCAUUCCGAGCCGAACCCCAGCGGGGACCCAGAUAUCCAAAUGUUCAUUCCUGGCGUGGGCCACUCCUCGUUCCUGGAGUUCCACCCCCAAUCCAACGGCCAGUUGGAGCGAGCCAACCAGGACCUAGAAACUACUCUGAGUUGCCUGGUAUCUGCCAACCCCACCACCUGGAGCCAGCAGCUUGUGUUGGUUGAAUACGCCCGCAACACCCUUCCCUGGUAUGCUACGGGCCUAUCACCCUUUGAGAGUUCCCUGGGAUACAGAUCCAUGGAGUGGAGUAGGAGAGCUAUCCCUGUCUCUGGGAUUUUCCUACUCUUUCUGAGGGUCACGGUGCAAAUAGACAACGUGGCAUUGAGAGGAGUGGCUGCUCAGUCAUCACAGUUUUCGGAUCGCAAUGCUCACUAUGCAAUUGAUGGGAACAGCAACACAAACUAUGGAUCCUGCACCCACACUGCACAGGAAACCAACCCCUGGUGGAGAGUGGACCUGCUGGAUGUGUACAAAGUGACAGCUGUCACAAUCACCAACAGAGAUGACGUUGCUGAGAGACUUGAUGGUGCUGAGAUCCGUAUCGGUAACUCACUGGAGAACAAUGGCAUCAACAACCCCAGAUGUGAUGUCAUAUCCCACAUCCCAGCAGGAAAGACCAACACCUUCCAGUGUAAUGAGAUUGAGGGUCGCUAUGUUGUUGUGGUCAUCUAUGUCAGGAAGGAAUAUCUCACUCUGUGUGAGUUGGAAGUAUAUGGCACUCCUGCAGUAAAUGUAGCAUUGAAAGGAGUGGCCAGCCAGUCAUCACUGAAUGGGUAUGGCAAUGCUCACAAUGCCAUUGAUGGGAACAGAGAAUCAGACUAUUACAAAACAUCCUGCACACACACUGCAAAGGAGACCAAACCCUGGUGGAGAGUGGACCUGCUGGAUGUGACCAGAGUGACAGCUGUCAGCAUCACCAACAGAGGAGAUGAUGUUCCCGAGAGGCUUGAUGGUGCUGAGAUUCGUAUUGGUAACUCACUGGAGAACAACGGCAUCAACAACCCCAGAUGUGAUGUCAUAUCCCACAUCCCAGCAGGAAAGACCUACACCUUCCAGUGUAAUGCGAUGGAGGGUCGCUAUGUUGUUGUUGUCAUCCCUGGCAGGUCGGAAUGGCUCACACUUUGUGAGGUGGAAGUAUUUGCCACAGUCAAACCUCCAGAGUCUUCCACAGAAGCCCCCAAGUCAAAGAGAACGGUGGUCAGGAUGAAGAUCCAAUCAGAUGCUGAUCUGACAGACCAGGCAGUCGGUGACCAGCUCCUACAGCAGAGCUCGUGA